AUGCCCCCUUCCACUCCUCUCACCCUUCUGUACCCCAAGAGACCUAAGGGUCAGGCUCCCCAAGAUGUGGCUCCUCGUGUGGGCCAUGUGCCCCACCCCACAGCCCCACCCUGCCCUGCCCACCACCCCAAGCCCGGCCCAGGGUCCCUGGCCGGCCUCUCCCUUGCACCGGAGCACAGACUCACCAGGCCUGAGAUGCUGGAGGAUGGAGAAGGGCUUGCCACGGGAAAAAUCCUCCAGGAACACAUGAACAAAACUUCGCCUGCACCCGGGACAUCCUUCUCUACGGCUGGCCUACGAGGCGAAGGCCCAUUCCGCCAUUUUCUCUUCGUGGAGGCUGGGCUCGCGUGCUGCUCUGCGCUGUGGGCGUCAUGGACCGGAAGCGUGUGCGGCGCGCCUGCCUUGAGGCCAGCAUCAGGGAAGGGUGUCCCAGGUGCAGGCGAAGCUUCCUUCACGUGUUCCUGGAGGACUUUCGGCUCGCAAGCGCUUCUCCAUUCUCCCAACGUCUCGGGCCUGGACCCUGCUAGGAUCUUUGAGCUUGUGGAGGUGGUUGGCAAUGGAACCUACAGACAGGUGUACGAGCUGGUGAUGGGGUUCUGUGGUGCUGGUUCAGUGACUGACCUGGUAAAGAACACGAAAGGCAACGCCCUGAAGGAGAACUGUAUCGCCUACAUCUGCAGGGAGAUCCUCAGGGGUCGGGCGCAUCUCCAUGCCCACGAGGUGAUCCGUCGAGACAUCAAGGGGCAGAAUGUGCUGCUGACAGAGAAUGCUGCGGUCAAGCUAGUGGAUUUUGGGGUGAGUGCUCAGCUGGACCGCACCGUGGGCAGCCGGAACACUUUCACUGGGACUCCCUACUGGAUGGCUCUAGACGUCAUCGCCUGUGAUGAGAACCCUGAUGCCACCUACGAUUACAGGAGUGACAUUUGGUCUCUAGGAAUCACAGCCAUCGAGAUGGCAGAGGGAGCCCCCCCUCUGUGUGACAUGAACCCCAUGCGAGCCCUCUUCCUCAUUCCUUGGAACCCUCCGCCCAGGCUCAAGUCCAAGAAGUGGUCUGAGAAGUUCAUUGACUUCAUUGACACAUGUCUCAUCGAGACUUACCUGAGCCGCCCACCCACGGAGCAGCUACUGAAGUUUCCCUUCAUCCGGGACCAGCCCACGGAGCGGCAGGUCCGCACACGGCUUAAGAACCACAUUGACCGAUCCCGGAAGAAGCGGGAGGAGACAGAAUAUGAGCACAGCGGCAGCGAGGAGGAAGAUGACGGCCAUGGAGAGGAAGGAGAGCCCAGCUCCAUCAUGAACGUGCCUGGAGAGUCGACUCUACGCCAGGAAUUUCUCCGGCUCCAGCAGGAAAAUAAGAGCAACUCAGAGGCUUUAAAAUAGCAGCAGCAGCAGCGAGACCCCGAGGCACACAUCAAACACCUGCUGCACCAGCGGCAGCGGCGCAUAGAGGAGCAGGAGAAGUGGCGCUGGGUGGAGGAGCAACAGCGGCGGGAGCGGGAGCAGCGGAAGCUGCAGGAGAAGGAGCAGCAGCGGCAGCUGGAGGACACGCAGGCUCUGUGGCGGGAGGAGGAGUGGCGGCAGGCCGAGCGCGAGCAGGAAUACAAGCGGAAGCAGCUGGAGGAGCAGCGGCAGUCAGAGCGUCUCCAGAGGCAGCUGCAGCAGGAGCAUGCCUACCUCAAGUCCCUGCAGCAGCAGCAACAGCAGCAGCAGCUUCAGAAACAGCAGCAGCAGCUCCUGCCUGGGGACAGGAAGCCCCUGUACCAUUAUGGUCGGGGCAUGAAUCCCGCUGACAAACCAGCCUGGGCCCGAGAGGUAGAAGAGAGAACAAGGAUGAACAAGCAGCAGAACUCUCCCUUGGCCAAGAGCAAGCCAGGCAGCACGGGGCCUGAGCCCCCACCCCCAGGCCUCCCCCAGGCCUCCCCCAGGCUCCCAGGACCCCUUUCCCAGACUCCUCCUAUGCAGAGGCCAGCGGAGCCCCAGGAGGGACCGCACAAGAGCCUGGUGGCACACCGGGUCCCACUGAAGCCAUAUGGAGCACCUGUACCCCGAUCCCAGUCCCUGCAGGACCAGCCCACCCGAAACCUGGUUGCCUUCCUAGCCUCCCAUGACCCCGAUCCUGCCAUCCCCGCACCCACUGCCACGCCCAGUGCCUGAGGAGCUGUCAACGGCCAGAAUGCAGACCCCACCUCUGAAGGACGUGGCCCCAGCCCGAACCCCCCAGCCUGGGUCCGCCCAGAUAACGAGGCCCCACCCAAGGUGCCUCAGAGGACCUCAUCUAUCGCCACUGCCCUUAACACCAGUGGGGCCAGAGGGUCCCGGCCAGCCCAGGCAGUCCAUGCCAGACCUCACAGCAACUCUGCCUGGCAAAUCUAUCUGCAAAGGCGGGCAGAGCGGGGCACCCCAAAGCCUCCAGGGCCCCCUGCUCAGCCCCCUGGCCCGCCCAAUGCCUCUGGUAACCCCGACCUCAGGAGGAGAGACCCUGGCUGGGAACGCUCGGACAGCACCCUUCCAGCCUCUCACGGGCACCUCCCCCAGGCUGGCUCACUGGAGCAGAACCGCGAGGGAGCCUCCUCCAAAGUGGACAGCUCCCCAGUGCUCUCCCCUGAGAAUAAAGCCAAGCCCGAUGACCACCGCCCACAGCCAGGCCGGCCCACAGACUUCGUGUUGCUGAAAGAGCGGACCCUGGACAAGGCCCCUCGGCCUCCCAAGAAGGCCAUGGACUACUCAUCGUCCAGCGAGGAGGUGGAAAGCAGUGAGGAGGACGAGGAGGAAGGCGAAGGCGGGCCAUCAGAGGGGAGCAGAGACACCCCUGGGGGCCGUGUUCACCCAGAGCACCUGGGAUUUCUUUAAAACCUGGCCCUGGCUAAGAGGAACAGAGCAGCCAGCGGGGGGCAGGCCUCGCUGAUGUUUCUCUCUAGACUUCACCCCACUUUGCCACCCAUGGCGUGGAGUUAGACAGUCACACCCAGAGCUCCUAGACAACCUGGACUGCAGGGUGUUCCAAGCCCUCCUGGUGCAGUGGGACACCCAGGUGCUAACGGCAAGCCUGGCAGUGCUGGGUCCCCUGGGCUAACAGGAUGUCCAGGGAGCCCCGGGAGUCCAGGAGCCGUGGGCCUGAAAGGAAGCAAAGGGGACACAGGACUUCAAGGACAGCAAGGAAGAAAAGGAGAAUCAGGAGUUCCAGGCCCUGCAGGUGUGAAGGGAGAACAGGGGAGCCCGGGGCUGGCAGGCCCCAAGGGAGCCCCUGGACCAGCUGGCCAGAAGGGAGACUGGGGAGUGACAGGAUCUUCUGGGGAGAAAGGAGUGAAGGGAGAAAAAAGUGAAAGAGGUGAAAACACAGUGUCCGUCAGGAUUGUCAGCAGUCAUAACCGAGGCUGGGCUGAAGUUUACUACAGUGGUACCUGAGGGACCAUUUGCGAUGAUGAGUGGCACAAUUCUGAUGCCACUGUCUUCUGCCGCAUGCUGGGUUACUCCAGAGGAAGGGCCCUGUACAAAGUGGGAGCUGAUGGAGUCUCACACCGUUGCCCAGGCUGUAGUGCAGUGGCACGAUCUCAGCUCACUGUAAGCUCUGCCUCCCGGGUUCACACCAUUCUCCUGCCUCAGCCUCCCAGGUAGCUGGGACUACAGGCGCCCAUCACCACGCCCAGGUGUAUCAUCUUUGUAACACUGGCAAUUGGAGAUGUUCCGGAUCACCAGUGGCACCUAUAGCGCCUUACCAGCUUUCCAGCACUUGGUGACAGUUUCUCUCAAUUGUCCAUGAAUUGACACUUGGAUUAGCCUGGUCUGUCCCAACAACCUUAUCAGCUCCUUGACAGGAGAGAUAUGCCCUCUCUUCAUGGUGUAUUCCUCAUGUCAUGUUAGA